GAGGGACAGAGGGUGUGAGGGGAAACAUUGAAGCGGGAACCAAAAUGGCCAGCAAAGUGAUGGACCUGAUCUACUGGAAGGACACGGAGAGAACAGGCAUGGUGCUAACAGGGUUAGUCGUGGGCCUGCUGUCCCUGUUCCAGCUCAGCAUCAUCACUGUGGUCUCCACAGUCUCCCUGGCUGUCAUGUGCUUCACCAUCUCAGUGCGCAUCUACUACCAAGUCCUCUACAUCCUCAGCUGGGGCGAUGGAGAACACCCCUUCAAGUCAUACUUGGACUUGGACAUCAGUUUGAGUGGAGAGCAUGCUGACCACCACAUGCAGAAAACCAUGAUUAUGAUUCUGUCUGCCAUCGACAGUCUGAAGAACCUCUUUUUUGUUGGAAACGUCUUUGAAUCUUUCAAGCUCCUGGUUCUGAUGUACCUUGUGACGUAUCUGGGAGACCUGUGCAAUGGCCUUACUCUGCUCAUUAUCAGUGUGAUCGCUGUCUUUUCUCUGCCACUUUUCUACAGACAACGUCAGGAGCAGGUAGACGGUUUCAUUGCAAAAAUCCAGGCCAAAAUCAACAACGUCAAGGACAUUCUGCAAAGACUCGCCCAGGGCGGUGGCCCUCCUCCAGACCCAACCCCUGGUGGCGCCAAACCCAAAUCCCAGUAAACACUCAUGGAUAAGAACUUAAAGAGAAGUUACAGGCUGUCACUCAGAUGUCUUACCCAGCAGUCUGCGCUCAGAGCUCCAGAGACUGGGGAAGAGAUGGGACGUUAAACUUAAACAGACGACGAUGAUGGGGAUUACGCAUGGUACUUAAUACGCUAACUGUAUCUAAGUUAUGGGGUUAAGAGGUGGGGGGUUAAUUCUUAAUAAACGGUGAAAUCAAGGUGUAUGAAUGCAGGAUGAGACUGUUGCUGCUCACAUCAGAGAUGGAAAUAUUUAAUGACACAUCUCAUGAUGUGUGACCACCUUUGUUCACAUUUUUAAUAUCUAAAAAUGACUUAAGAAGUGUUAGUUGAAAGCUGUAGUCCAAAUGAGGUACUAAGACCAGAAAUGGGAAGUUCCCACACUGACAGCUACACACCUGAGAAAAGGGAAUUUAGU